AUGGCUGGUGGUCUGAAAGAUGAUGAUACGGAAGAGUUUAAGGGUCUUCGAAUCACCUCACUGGACGAUGAAAGCGAUGAAGAAGAAGAACAAAAUGAACAAGAUAUUGUUAUUGAUGAAGAUGAUGAAGAAGAAGAAGACGAAGAAGCAAGAAACUCUGUGGUUUUAGGUUUUGUGAAAAAGCCUAAGACAGCCCGCUCUCUUCUUCGCCAUUUCUUCCCUUCCAAGGCUGGAGGCGUUCCCGCUUGGUUGGAUCCAGAAAAUUUGCCAUCCGGAAGAUCUUGUUUUUGCGACAUAUGUGAUGAACCUUUGCAGUUUGUGCUUCAGGUUUUCCGCUGCCAAUUACCCCGUGAUAAUCCUUUCUACUCAAGUGAGCCACCAAAGAAGGAUAGUACAGACCCGCCUCUUAAGGUUGGAGCUGCACUCUGUAAUUGGUGUGGCAGCUGGAAGGGGAUUAAACGCUGUACAGGUUGCAGAAGAGCACUUUAUUGCUCAGAGAAACAUUGGGUCAAGCAUUCUCGGACUGGUCAUGAACAUGAUUGUCAACGAUUGAGGAUAAAUUCUCAGUUGGCUGACAGUAGCUCUGAUGAAACCACUCCUGCAGUACUUCUAAAAGGCACAGCGCUUUUUCCUUUUGCAAGCAACAAUGUAUGGCCAGAGUACAAAAUUAUACAGGAGUCUGAAAGUUCAUACGAGACAGAUAUGCCUGAUGAUACUGUAUGCUCUAAUUCCUUGGUGUCUAGUAACCGGACAGAUGAUGCACUAAUGUCAAUAGCUGAGAAUUUUGAGGGUGAUGAUGACAGAAAGAGCUGGGCUUCAUUCCAUGAGCGCAUAGCCCUGGCACCUGAGCAAGUAUUGAGGUAUUGUAGAAUUCCUGGUGCAAAACCCUUAUGGCCCGUGUCAAGUGGCCGUCCAUCCAAGGCUGAUAUUCCUAAAUGCAGUUAUUGUGCCGGUCCAUUGUGUUUUGAAUUUCAGAUUAUGCCACAGUUGCUAUUUUACUUUGAUGUGAAGAAUGAUGUGGACUCUCUUGAUUGGGCUACAAUUGCUGUUUAUACAUGUGAAGCCUCCUGUGAUGCAAGUGUGGCUUACAAAGAAGAAUUUGCUUGGGUUCAACUUUCUUAG